AAAUCUGAUAAAGACCCAUUGAAGGACUACUUCUCGUACAAAAUAGUGAAGGCUGGCAUUGAGAACCGGCGACUCUCGAAGCUCCGGUCGUAUAUAACUUCUCAUCGUGGACGUCAAUACAUAACUGCAAUCCGAGAAGGUGAAACUACUAUAUUACAGUAG